AUGAGGAUUCAAGACCCUAAAAAGAGCAUGGAUUUCUACAUCAACUUGAUGGGUAUGAGGACUAUUUUUGUAAUAAACGCCGGCCCCUUUACAGUAUACUACCUCGGCUACCCACAAAGCGAUAAGCAUCUUGUCGACCUAGCCCAGUUCGCUGUUGAUACUAUCACUAACCUCCCACAUACACUUGGUCUCUUGGAACUUUUUCAUGUCCAUGGAUCUGAAGAACAAGCGCCCGGGUUUUACUCUACAGGAAAUACACCGCCGAAUCUAGGAUUUGGACAUCUCGGGUUUACUGUACCAAACGUACCGCAGGCGCUAACAAGACUGAGAGCACAUGGCAUCACGGUCCUCAAGGAUAUUGGACCAUGCGAGGCCCCUAUCCCGAUCAGUGACUGGGAGAAACAACGCGGCGUGGGGGUCUCGAUCAAGGGAACGGAGAGCGAGCUCCAUCACGGGUAUGGAAAGCUAUUGGAGCAGAUUGCAUUUGUCCAGGAUCCGGAUGGUUAUAUCGUGGAACUAGUGCCACAGAAUAUGGAUAAUACAUAA